UCAUUUGAUGAGCAAUGUUAUUUAAUUAAUUUUUGUUGUCAUUUAUUGUAUGUACUUAUUUAAUUUUAAUCGAUCUGCGGUCGUAUUCGUCUCUAAUGUGUUAUUAAAAAAAAACGAAAUUUUUGUACUACAAAAUAAUAAUAAUAAUUUAAAAUAUGCCAUUUAUGAAGAAUAAAAUAAUUAAAGUUCAAGAAAAUUAAUGAUUUAAUUUCAACUUUUUGUCGGAAAUAACACAAUGUCGAAUUAUGAUAAGUUGAAGCUGCUUAUUUGGAAAAAUUUUCUUCUACAAAGAAGACAUAAAUGGCAAACAAUUUUUGAGAUAGCCUCACCUGUGAUUUUUUCAUUAUUUCUUAUAUUAGUUAGAUGUCUUGUGGAUCCAGUAUCAAAACCAGAUAUCACAUAUCCAGCCUUCUUACCAACUUAUUUUAAUAUUAGUGGCCAACAUUUAGGUAAUUUAACGAGUGCUAGAAAAGAAGGCACUUUGGCCUUUUCACCCGAGAACCCGCUUACAAGAAAAGUAACUGAAGAUGCGAUGGCAACAGUGGCCUUAGACAAUCUCAAUGGAGUGCUUGCAUUAUUAUUUGAUACACAUAUGCUACCAGCACCUAAAGGAUACAAAAAUGCUCAUGAAAUGGAACAGGCUCUCACGCAACCCAAUGCAAUGAAUCAAAUCCUUGUAGGAAUUCAAUUUAAUGACAAUAUGAUCAAUGCUACAAAGUGGCCAGAUGAUAUUGUAGUAGCUUUAAGAUUUCCUGCUGUUAUGAGGACACCAAUGGUUGAGCAUCCUCUCCGAGCAAGCUGGAGAACAAAUCUAUUGUUUCCAUUGUUUCCCAGACCGGGCCCACGAGAUCCUGAUGAUAUAUAUGGGGGCAAAACUCCAGGUUACUCUCAUGAAAUGUUCCUCGCCGUUCAACAUGCUUUAUCUAAAGAAAUAAUAAAGCAGAAAUCAAACAAACCAUUUAACACAAAAGUGUUCCUUAAACGUUUACCCCAACUGGCUUAUAGAGAUGACCAACUACUGGUGGCUCUUGAGAGAUUUGUCUCAAUGAUUAUUAUGCUUUGUUUUGCUUACACAUUUGUGAAUACUGUGAGAGUAGUUACUGCAGAAAAGGAGUUACAGUUGAAGGAAACUAUGACAAUAAUGGGUUUGCCAUCGUGGUUACACUGGCUUGCAUGGUUCAUCAAACAAUUUUCGUUUUUAUUUAUAUCAGUUAUACUUAUUGUCAUAUUGUUUAAGAUACCAUUCAACUGGACCAAAGCAGAGGAAAGUUAUUCCUUAUUCACAUUCACCCCUUGGUCGGUAUUGCUGUUCUUUAUGUCUCUGUUUGUUGUUGCCUCACUCACAUUUUCAUUUAUGGUCAGCAUAUUUUUCUCGAAGGCGAAUACCGCCGCCUCUUUCAUGGGUUUAGCAUGGUUCUCUACCUAUUCUGUGUUCAUGCUGACACAAAUGCUUUACGAAGACAUAACUCUCACCACCAAAGUCCUGUUAAGUCUAAUAUCAAACACAGCAAUGGGAUACGCUUUCCAGUUGAUUAUUAUGUGUGAAGGCACUUCUAAAGGACUGCAAUGGAGUGAUUUUUUCAAGCCAGUCACUUACCAUGAUCAAUAUACGCCUGGUCAUGUUGUUUUAAUGCUGGUCCUGGAUUCAAUAUUAUACAUGUUGAUAGCUAUGUAUGUUGAGAAAAUACGACCGGGAUUGUACGGAGUACCUUUACCAUGGUAUUUUCCUUUUACCAAAAACUUCUGGAUGCCCAACAAAAAGAAAAUUACAGCUGUUAUCAAAGAGGGCACUGAUCUGGAGUACAAUGAUGCUUUGCUGAAGGUCAUACAUGACGAGGAACCGAAGGGCGUACCGAUAGGCGUCGAUAUACAGAAUCUCACUAAAAUAUAUAAAAGACGGAAAAAGGCUGUGGAUAAUCUGAAUCUCAGAAUGUAUGAAAAUGAAAUAACUGUGUUAUUGGGACAUAACGGUGCUGGAAAAACAACCACAAUAUCAAUGCUUACAGGUAUGGUACCUCCUACAUCUGGUUCAGCAACUAUAAAUGGUUACAACAUAGUGACCGAGACAGAACUAGCACGAAAAUCCCUUGGAAUCUGUCCACAACACAACGUUUUGUUCCCGGACCUUACUGUUGCCGAACAUAUAAUAUUCUAUUCAAGGUUAAAAGGCAUUCCGAAACGAAAAUUAUAUGAUGAAGUGAAUCAUUUUGUUAAACUGCUAGAACUUGAACAAAAGAGAGACGUGCUCUCAAAGAAUUUGUCGGGUGGUCAAAAGCGGCGACUGUCGGUUGGCGCUGCCAUGUGUGGUUCGUCGCGCGUCGUUUUGCUAGACGAACCAACCUCUGGCCUCGACCCUGCGGCUCGUCGAGCGCUCUGGGACUUACUGCAGAAAGAAAAGAAAGGUCGAACUAUUAUUCUAACAACACAUUUUAUGGACGAAGCAGAUGUGUUAGGAGAUCGCAUCGCCAUUAUGUCGGGCGGUCAGCUACAGUGUGUCGGUACAUCUUACUUCCUCAAGAAACACUACGGCAUUGGCUAUAAACUUACUAUAGUGAAGGCGAACGAAUGUAAUGUGGAGGAAAUCACUCAAUUCUUCAAAACAUACGUACCUGAUAUAAAAGAAAACACAAAUAUAGGAUCUGAAUUAACGUACAUCUUACCAAAUGACUCCGUGAGCAGAUUUCCUGAUAUGCUCAAGGAAUUUGAACAGAAAAAAGAAAUAUUGCAUGUAUCUAGCUACGGUUUGUCCGUGACUAGUCUCGAAGAAGUGUUCAUGAAGGCCGGAGCCGAAGAUAAUGAUAUAUCUUCAGCCAAAAGAAAUAAUUAUACAAAAUCCUACAGUGAAUUUGUGGUGGUUCCUGCAGAUUGUCAUCAUAACAAUUUAUUGGAAUCUGAACCUAUAGAGAAGGUGAGAGGGUUCAAAUUACUUAAAAACCACAUCAAGGCAAUGUUUCUUAAACUCGCUUAUAAUUCAAUGAGGAAUAAACUGACGACGUUCAUACAAUUCGUGACGCCUAUAAUUAAUAUAACACUGUCAGUUUUAAUAGCGAGGUCAUGGAAAUUCAUGUCGCAAUUGCCGCCAUUGACUCUUAGUUUAGAGAGUGGGUUUAGAGACACGCAAACUAUUCUAUCCCAAGGAAGUAAUCUAACAGAUAAUAGCCUGGAAGCAAAAGCUAUGACGGCCUUUAAAGAUUACUUCAAAACAUCAAAUUAUUCCGACAUGCGGCUUACUGAUAUAGGCACUAUGGAUUUGGGAAAAUUUUAUUUAAAGUUGAGUGAAGAAAAUAUUGCUCGUGUGCGCUACGAGGUAUUGGUGGGUGCUACGUUCGCAAACAAUAGCAUAACAGGCUGGUUCAGUAACUAUGGCUACCACGACUCUGCCAUAGCGCUCUCACUUGUCAACAACGCCAUCAUGCGAGCUCUCUCACCAGGCAGUUCGUUGACCUUUGUCAAUUCCCCGCUGCCAUACUCUAUUGAAAACUUGGUUCGAGUGAUGGCUACAGGAAGCAGCAUGGGUUUUCAGUUCGCUUUCAAUAUAGGAUUCUGUAUGGCUUUCGUCACUUCUUUUCUUGUACUAUUCAUAAUAAAGGAAAGAAUAAGCGGUGCAAAACUUCUACAAAGAGUAUCAGGAGUUCGGCCAGCUGUGAUGUGGACCACUGCAUUCGUGUGGGACUGGAUAUGGCUGUUUAUGGUCUACCUGUCCAUUGUGUUUACACUCGCUUGCUUUCAAGAGAAUACUCUUAAAACUCCCGCCGAAUUGGGUAGAGUUAUGUUGGUUCUCAUAGUAUAUUCUGUAGCAACGAUACCUCUACAUUAUCUUGCUUCUUUCUAUUUUGAAGCCGCUGCGACUGGCUUUUCCAAGAUGUGUUUCAUAAAUAUAUUCAGUGGAUGCAUGCCAUUUUUAAUAACUGAAGUAUUGAGACUACCUGAAGUUGGAAGCCCGUAUUAUGCGCAUAUAUUUGAUUGGAUAUUUUCACCUCUACCUAUCUACUGUAUAAGUAGAAGUUUUAGGGACAUGAGCGUGUCGUCGUUCAUGAGGUUGGCGUGCGACGGCUUGUGCGAGCAGUUCGGAAACAUCGCCAACUGCACGACCGCCACUAUUUGCACCGACCUCCACAUCGAUGUCUGUUGUAUCGACGACGACCCCUACUUAAAAUGGAAUGAACCCGGAAUUGGUCGAUACUUGUUAAUGAUGAGCCUCGUCGGCAUCAUAUCAUUCAUUCUUCUGUUAAUGAAAGAAUAUGAGCUCAUAAAAAAGAUACCAUUUUUGUCAAGUUCACGAAAGCAAGAACGAUGGCCCUCAGUUCCCUCAGACGAGGAUAGCGAUGUGGCAGCAGAACGGCGUUUCGUUGAAGGUCUCACAAGAUCCGACAUGUCACAACACAGUCUCGUCUCCAAAGACCUGACCAAAUAUUACAAGAACUUUCUGGCCGUCAAUAGACUCACGUUUGCGGUGCACAAGCGUUCAUGCUUCGGGCUGCUAGGCAUCAAUGGUGCCGGUAAGACGAGCGCGUUCCGCAUGCUGACAGGCGACACGGCCGUGUCCGCCGGCGACGCGUACGCACACGGCCUGUCCGUUACAACACAGAUACGAGACGUUCAUCGUUGCAUUGGUUAUUGUCCACAAUUCGACGCACUGCUAGAUAAUUUAACAGCGCGAGAAACGCUCCGUAUAUUUUGUUUGUUGCAAGGCAUUCCGCCCCGUGUGGGUAAGGCAAGAGCUAUACAGCUCGCCAAUAGGCUCGGUUUCAUGAAACAUUUUGAUAAAAAGGUACAUGAAUGCAGUGGUGGCACAAAAAGAAAGAUUAGCACUGCUAUUGCUCUACUUGGUGAUCCACAACUAGUGUUUUUAGACGAACCUACCACAGGAAUGGACCCAGCUUCGAAGCGGCUAGUGUGGUCUUCGAUAAGCGAGGCAGUGGCUUCUGGACGCAGCGUCGUGCUCACCUCGCACAGUAUGGAGGAGUGCGAAGCGCUCUGCUCGCGGCUUACCAUCAUGGUUAACGGCCGGUUCUACUGCCUCGGUCCUUUGCAACACCUCAAGAGCAAAUUCUCACAGGGAUAUACACUUGUUAUAAAGUGCAGAGAAGGACCAAAUAGGGAGGCGGAUAUACAAAACGUUAAUCAAUUUAUAGUAGAAAAUUUUAGAGACGCAAAACUUGCUGAAACAUACCUCGGCAUAAGUACUUACUAUUUGAACGACGUCGGCUUGCCGUGGUGGCGUGUCUUCCAUAUAAUGGAAGAAGCGCGCAAACAGUUCCCAUUAGAGGACUACUCCGUAUCGCAGACUACGCUCGAGCAAGUAUUUCUUAGGUUUACACGAAUGAACGCUACCAAUGAAUAGCAUACAACCAACGAAUAAUGAAAACAUAGUACUUAAUACCACUCAAAGUGUUAUAACAACACCUCUGAUAUGAUCUGUAUUACAGUUGAUCUCAAAGUUUGCACUGUAGGUGGCGCCCUGGAGCAUUGUAAACAGAAGCGUCAUUUGGGACUCUUGUUUAUUCUUCUCCAGAAACAACCUAGUGUCAUAAUCAAUAUUUUUAAUUUUCAUAAUCUCGUAUGUGCGCCGUAAAAUGUAAAAGUUUGAGAAACCCUUACCUACCUAUAUAAUAAACGUUCAGUAUUUAUACAUAAGUACUCAAUGUUAAUUGUCUAUAUAUUUAGAUGGUACUUACAUUUGUAAAUGUUAUUGUAUUUGAUACUAUAUGUAUAGCAAAUGUUGGUUUCAGAAUCUCUUUUGAUCUUUUAUACAGCUGUAUGUUGGUUGAUAAUAAUGUAAUAUGUACAGAUUUAGGCAUGUCCUUUCUACGAGUUGAUAACUUUCCAAGACUGAAAGUUUAAUGUACUUUAAAAUUUGCUAUACACACUUAAAUUGAAGUGUGUAUAGUUAUACAUUAAUAUUCACGUAUAUAGGUUAAUUUUUAUCUAUAGAUUGACAGUGUUGAAACAACACUUCCAGUACAAGUACAGAAUUGGUCUUACCUUUAUAAAAUAUUUUGUCAGUAUUGCUUAUACAGUGCAAUAUAUAUAAUAAUAAUAACAUAAUACGAAAUAAUGACAUACCUAAUAACACAGAAUUUUCAGUUAUCAUGGUUAAUUAUUUCGAAACUACGAAAAUUUAAUAAUUCGAAUGAAAACCAUAUAUUUUUCUA